ACCCCCGCCGUACUGUGCCGUCCCCCCCCCCCCACCUCGACCACCACGCACAGCCCCACACUCCCACCACUAGCUCCUACAGUUCUAGCCGAGCAAUGGCGCAGCUCACCAUCCUCGCCCUGCUCUGCGUCUCCCUAGCGGCGCUCUCACUCUCACCCUCCCCCGUCACGGCGGCGAGGUUCGCCUGCAACGCCACGGCGCCGCGGGCCUCGACAUGCCAGGCGCUCAUCUCCUACGCCCCGCCAAACUCCACGGCGUCCAUGACCCUCGCGGGCGUCCGCGCGCUCUUCCAGCUCCGCUCCCACCGGGCGCUGCUCGCCUCCAACAACCUGCCGCUCUCCACCCCGCCCACGGCGCCCGCCCCGACGCCGCUCCGCAUCCGCCUGCCCUGCCUCUGCUCCGGCGGCGCCGGGGCCACCUUCCAGCGGCCCACCUACCGCGUCCGCGCGGGGGACACGCUCGACGCCGUCGCCCGCUCCGUCUUCGCGGGGCUCGUCACGUACCGGGACAUCGCCGCCGCCAACAACGUCUCCGACCCCAGCAAGGUCGCCGUGGGCCAGGAGCUCCGGAUCCCGCUCCCCUGCAGCUGCGACCCCGUCGACGGCGUGCCCGUCGUGCAUUACACCUAUGUUGUGCCCGCCGGGAGCUCCGUGGCUGGCAUCGCGCAGGAGUACGGCGCCACGGAGGCGGCCAUUCUGGCGUUGAACCGCAUGCCCGACGCCAAGAGCCUUCUCGCCGGGCAGGUGCUUGAUGUGCCGCUCCGAGGUUGCUCUUCUGCCAUUAGCAACACGGCCAUAGACCGCAACCUCAUUGUCCCAAACUCAAGCUACAUCUUCACCGCCAACAACUGUAUCGUGUGCGGCUGCAGCUCCACCACUUGGCAGCUUGACUGUCAGGCAACAACAGGGAUAGGCCCAUCCUUCUGCCCCGUGGCGAAAUGCGGCGACGCGUUCCUGGGGAACAUUACCACGUCCACUGCCCCGGCUUGCGAGACCACGAUGUGCUCCUACGCUGGCUACACCAACAGCACGUCAUUCGCCAUCCAUGCCAACCUCACCACCACCUCCGUCUGCAAUGCUGCUGGGGUGUCGCCGGCAGCGCAGCCGUCUCACUCCUCGGCGUCCGGGUUGGCAUCAACCGCGCGGUGGAGAUGGUCGGAGCUGAUCGCCUGCCUCCACGUCCUUCUGUCGUUGUGCCUCUGGGUCUCUGCGCCGUGAUUGAGUAGCAUUCAGAUUCUUGCUUUCCUAGUGCCUGGACCUGUAGUUCGUAGUUUGUGAGUAAUAUGCUCGGUGCCUGUGUGGCUUCAAUUUGUAGCUCGUUUGGAUGUAGAAGUGCAGACAUGAGAGGAAACACUUAUUUUGUGUUAGAAGGUAGAUCAGAUCAGGACACUUUUGUAAUGAACUCUUGCAAAGGUAUUUUCAUCGUUUUUUCGCUAAGCCUUUUGCUAA